CUGCAUUUCACUUUCAAAACGGUAGCGUAGCGUAGCGUAGCUUUGCGGAGAAAAACAGAGCAACCGAUAUUUCCAGAGAGAGAAACAAAUUAGAGAGAGGGAUGACAAAGAUCUCGGGUGGGAGAUUGUGGGGUUUCCUUCUAUUCGUCUCUUCAAUUUCUCUACAUUUCAUUUCAGGCUUUUCAACCGAUUCAUCAAAUUCUAAAAAUGGGACUAAAGCUGAUGCUCAUGCUACUUCUGGUGGCAAGACUGGGUCGAUAGUAAUCAUCAUAUGUGUUGUGGUGGUGGCGGUGGUGGUUUUAUCAUUUUUCCUUUUCAGAUUAUGGCAAAAGAAGAAACGUCAGGAGCAAUAUGCUCGUCUGUUAAAGCUGUUUGAAGAAGAUGAUGAGCUUGAACUUGAACUUGGCCUUCGUGAUUAAGCAUGUGUGUACCAUUAGUAUCAAUUCAGUCUGAUUGAGAUGAAGCUCCUAAUGGGCUCCUUUCUUGGUUCUGGUGGAAUUUUUUUUUUUUUUUUUACUUUGCAGAAUCCAGAGUUAGUGUCCGGGAAACGUUAUUUGGUUAAAUAUUGACAAUUUACAUUUAA